UGCCUAGCUUAAUUUCACUCAACUAACUCUUUUGUUGGAACUGAAUAUGGCUAAAUUUUUUAUGAAGUACUUUUCCUUUUUCAAAACCCUGUUCUUUUUCUUCUUCUAUGGAGUUGUCUUUAGACAGUCUAAGAAUCCCAAAGCUCUCCACAGAAACGUGAGCAAUAUCCAUGCAAACAAGUGUACAUAUCACAAGUAUCCUUCUUUUGCUCACAGAUCAAACCUGUCAAAUCAAACUCUGGUCUUCAAUGUAGAAGAGGCUUUGUUGAAGUCCUCAUCAUUGUUUCCUUACUUCCUGCUUGUGGCCUUUGAAGCAGGAGGGCUCUUAAGGGCUUUUAUUCUUUUUGUUUUAUACCCAUUUCUAUGCUUAGUUAGUGAAGAGACGGGGUUGAAGGUAAUGGUCCUGGUUUGCUUCUUUGGGAUAAAGAAAAACAGCUUCAGAGUUGGAAGUGCUGUUCUGCCAAAGUUCUUCUUGGAGGAUGUUGGCUUGGAAACAUUUGAGAUUUUGAAGAAAGGAGGAAAAAAAGUGGCUGUCAGUAAUAUUCCUCAAGUGAUGAUCGACAGUUUCGUGAGGGAUUACCUGGAAAUUGAUUUUGUAGUUGGAAGAGAGCUGAAGGUGUUUUGUGGGUACUUUUUGGGAGUCAUGGAAGAGAAGAAAAGAAUUAAGGCUGCUUUGGAGGAGAUAAUUGGAAGGGAAAAUUUGGGUUGUGAAGUUAUUGGCAUCAGUGGCUUCAAGAAAUCCCUUGAUCAAUAUCAUUUGUUUUCUCAUUGCAAGGAAAUUUACCUGGUGAGAAAAGCAGAAAAAAGAAGCUGGCAACACGUAGCAAGAGAGGAAUACCUCAAACCAAUCAUUUUCCAUGAUGGAAGACUGGCUUUCCAGCCAACUCUGUUGGCCACCCUGACCAUGUUCAUGUGGGUCCCCUUUGGCUUCACUCUUUCCAUAAUCAGAACUGUUAUUGGCUUAAUUCUUCCAUACAGGAUUUCCAUCCCUAUGUUGGCCUACAGCGGGUUGCACCUCUUUCUUUCAAUCCCGCAAACCACCCAGCAUCCUCAUUCACUUCAAAGCUCAAACAAUCGUAAAACCAAAGGCCGCCUUUACGUUUGCAACCAUAGAACACUGCUGGAUCCCCUCUGCCUCUCUUUUUUAUUACAGAAAGAUCUCACUGCUGUUACUUACAGUUUAAGCAGGGUAUCAGAGCUGUUAGCUCCAAUAAAAACCGUCAGAUUGGCAAGGAAUCGUGAUCAAGAUCGUAAAAAGAUGGAAAAUCUAUUAAAUCAGGGGGACCUAGUUGUAUGUCCCGAAGGGACCACGUGUAGGGAGCCCUAUCUCUUAAGGUUCAGUCCUUUAUUUGCAGAGAUGAGCGAAGAUAUAGUCCCUGUUGCAAUGGACAGCCAUGUUAGCAUGUUCUAUGGCACAACAGCCGGUGGCCUGAAAUGCCUGGACCCACUUUUCUUCCUCAUGAACCCACGACCAAGCUACAAUGUCCAAAUGCUUGAAGGUGUAUCUGGCUUGUCCGCUUGUCAUGAUCAUAGUGAAAGAUCAAGGUUUGACGUGGCUAAUCAUGUUCAGAAUGAGAUUGGUAAAGCUCUGGGUUUUGAUUGCACCAAGCUUACGAGAAGAGACAAGUACUUAAUCUUGGCAGGCAACGAAGGACUAAUUAGCAAACCCUAAUGAAUCAACUUGUUGUAAGAACAUUAAUGGUUUCCCUCGUAAACUUACGACGUUGCCAACAAAUGUUACACGUAAUGAUCAGGUUAAUGAUUGUUGGGUUUGGCGUGAUCACUGGACCUACUUAUUGAAUAUGAUCAUCUU